UAACAAGCAUGAAACUGCAUAGAAUUUGUUAGUGACCAACGUACAGAUCGAACUGACUAACUGAUCAUGUUCAUAUUCAGUUGCCUUGAUGUUGUCUACUAUUUAUGAACCCUCAAGCAAGCACCUCGAUCAUGUCACCGAGUUAGUCGAUUAUCAUCUUCUUCAGCUUUCAUUAGGUCGUAAGCCUAGUAAUUUGCAAGUCUUAAUAUUGUUACUCAGCUUCUGUAAGAAGAAAUCAUGGCAGGGGGUUUUGGAGCGGCAACAGGGGGCAAAGAAUUCGAAGCGAAGAUCACCACACUCGUGAUCAUUUCUUGCAUAAUGGCCGCUACUGGGGGCCUUAUGUUUGGCUACGAUGUUGGCAUUUCAGGGGGUGUUACAUCGAUGCCCGAAUUUCUGAAGGAGUUCUUUCCAGUUGUCUAUAAAAAUCAACAAAUUCCAGGACUUGCAGGAAAUUACUGCAAAUACGAUAAUCAAGGGCUGCAAUUGUUCACAUCUUCAUUGUAUCUUGCUGCUUUAAUAUCAACCUUCUUUGCGUCAUACACAACUAAAACACUAGGUCGAAAGAUUACCAUGUUGAUUGCUGGGAAUUUAUUUUUAGUUGGAACAGCAUUUAAUGCUGCAGCUGUGAACCUUCCAAUGCUUAUUGUUGGGAGGCUUUUACUUGGUUGUGGAGUUGGUUUUGCUAACCAGGCAAUUCCACUAUUUCUUUCUGAGAUUGCACCCACAAGAAUUCGUGGGGCACUCAAUAUACUCUUCCAGCUCAAUAUCACCAUUGGCAUUCUUGUUGCAAACUUGAUCAAUUACGGUACAGCGAAACUUGCACACGGAUAUGGAUGGAGAAUAUCGUUGGGUUUGGCUGGGAUUCCGGCACUUCUGUUAACCGUGGGGUCUCUUAUGGUGGUAGACACUCCUAACAGUUUGAUCGCACGAGGUAAAUUGGAGGAAGGAAAAGCAAUUCUUAGAAGGAUUCGUGGUGCUGAUAAUGUUGAUCCAGAAUACUCAGAAAUUGUUGAGGCAAGUCGUGCGGCCGCAGAAGUGAAAAAUCCUUUCCAAAAUCUCCUUAAGCGAAGGAAUAGGCCUACUCUGGUCAUUGCAAUUAUGAUGCAGAUCUUCCAACAAUUCACAGGCAUCAACGCUAUCAUGUUUUAUGCUCCAGUUUUGUUCCAGACCUUGGGAUUUAAGAGUGAUGCUUCCCUAUACUCAGCUGUUAUAACUGGACUAGUCAAUGUCCUCUCAACUCUUGUAUCAGUCGUCUUUGUGGAUAAAGCUGGUCGCCGAAUGCUUUUGAUCGAAGCUGGGGUUCAAAUGUUCCUUUCUCAAAUGGGAGUUGCAAUAGUGAUGGGACUCAAAGUUAAGGAUCAUUCAAACAACCUCGGACAUGGCUUGGGAGUUCUUGUGUUGGUUUUCGUAUGCAGCUUUGUGGCAUCAUUUGCAUGGUCGUGGGGACCUCUUGGGUGGUUGAUCCCUAGUGAGACAUUCGCCGUUGAAGCUCGCUCUGCUGGCCAAAGUGUGGCUGUUAGUACUAACAUGCUCUUCACAUUUGUCAUAGCACAGGCCUUCCUCUCAAUGCUGUGUCACAUGAAGUUUGGGAUAUUUAUUUUCUUCUCGGGUUGGGUCUUGGUCAUGACACUCUUUGCGAUCUUCUUUAUUCCUGAGACCAAGAAUAUCCCCAUUGAUGAGAUGAAUGAUCAAGUGUGGAAGAAACACUGGUAUUGGAAAAGAUACAUGGAUGACUUCCAAGAUGGACCAAAUGGAAAAUAUCCUCAAGUUUAAUACAUCGUAACUACUUGUGGCAGCUAUAAAGCGCAAAAAAUUCGUUAAUUAACUUCUAGGAAAUUCUUCAUUCAACUCAAGUCACUUCGCAGUGCAUGCUUGCUGCGUUUCGAAGGCUUUAUAAUACUUGUAGCUUGAUUUGACUGAUUAUUGUUUUUGAGUUUCAUUCUUUCUUCAGUUGGUUUCUAGUAUUUUCUACUCUCA